CUUUCGUACAUUGGAUGUGAUAAGCGCUGACACACACCUCCUUCUCCUCCUACAGCUCCGCCCAUGGCAGUGGCAGCACACCUGGGCCACGGAACAGCAGCGGUAAGGUGAAAGAGUACACCGGGUCAGGAGCUUCAGGAAGCGGCGGUGUGAGUGGAGAAGGUGACGGGCCUGUGGUGGACACACUCCGGCUGGGAAAGUUUCAUUAGAAACAGACAGAAUGGGCGAAGCACCGGUGAGUGACGACGGUACGGUGACACGGUCAGCAGAGUACGUAGGAUCUUUUCCCGUGGACGACCAGUGUCUGGAUGACCAGAUAGAGCAGCUCCACACUGAGCUGAAACUCCUGGUGACGUGCAAAAGAAGACGUCCUGUGUCCCUGAAGUUCUCCAUUAAAGGAGUGAAAAUGUACAAUGAGGAUGAAACGACUCUGCUGAUGGCUCACGCCCUGCGUAGGGUCUCUCUGUCCACUGCCCGGCCCGUUGAUGCCCAGUUUGCCUUUGUCUCUCACAACCCUGGCAACUUUGAUGUCCAACUCUACUGCCACGUCUUUAAGGCCAGACACGCCCGAGCAGCCCAGUUCUUGAACCUGCUGCUGUGCCGCUGCUUCCAGCUGUCCUACUUGGAGAAGCAUCCAGAGGAGGUGCAGGAUGAGUCUGCAGGUUCUGCUCCUCGUCGUAACCCCUCGCUCCUCAACCACGGCUUCCCUCUCAGUGUCAGUGCGCUGGUGUCCUUCAGGAGGGCGCCGUUUCAGGGACUCUUGCCAGGCAUCAAGAAAAACCACAAGUCCUCCGACAAUCAACGGAGCUUCCUGGACGACGUGUUUCCCACCUCCUCCCCCUCCCUGGUCCGCAAGAAAGCCAUCCGCACCAAAGCGCUGACCUCGGGGGCGUACCGCUCCUUUACUUUCACUCCGAUCAAACAACGCAUUGUUCAGGAGCGACUCAGUGCAUCAGAAAAGGCAGAAAACAAGCCAACAGGGCGGAGACAUCGUGCUCCCAGCCUGGCCGAAACAGAAGAAGCACUGGCUCAAGCGGUGUGGUCCUGGGCUGGUAUCGCAGUUGAUAGCAGCUACUCUCUGCUGGCUGAUGAUGUUCUGGGUUCAUACCUUCUGUGUCCACAUCCUAAGAAACCCAAGUGUGGUUCCCUCAUCAUUCGCUUCAACUCUGGUCUGGUGACACACCUCAUAGAAAACACUCGUUCAGGGAAAUUCAUGCUGGAGAAAUGCAGGACAGAAUUCAACUCAGUGGCAGAGCUGAUUGAAUACUACACAGAGAUCCUGGAUGAGCUUCCCUGUCUCCUGAGCUCCGCUCGAGUCAACCACUGUUACGAGUGGGAAGAGAAUCCCAGCAAACAACCGUCUGUGAAGCUGCACAAGACUCCCAGCAAGACCAAAACUAAAAGCACCUCCAGAAAGAGAUGGUUCUGAACCCUGGACACUGGAACUAGUUGGACUGCCAACCUGUGAGGAUGUGAAAUAAGCAGCACUUCUACUUUUCUUUUGCACAUACUCUACUUUUUUGUCUUCCUUCACAUGGUUUGGUUUCAUGGGGAUGCUUCACAAACUCUAAUCCACAUAACGACAGUGUUGGCCCAUAAUGUUACUGUUACAUCAAGACCAUGCUAACAAGACCAGUACCAGAGUCAGAGACCUUUGUUCAGACAGCAUUUAGGACUUAAAGCUUAAACCUCUACUUUAGGACGAACGUCUACACCACCUGUGAUGCACACCUUUUCACUCGUGAGGUCAUCAUCAUGUCUCAUGUCAACAGUGACACAAUGAUAGUUUGUGUUACUGUUGACAGUCUGUAAUUUGAGCCGACCUCAUCUCAGGAAAGGUCUGACAUUGGUCUUGUUGGUGCACUUUUGAUUUUAACACAAAUAAUUUAAAAAUGUAGUUAAAUAAGGCACUUAAAGUCCAAGCUCUGAGUCUUGCAGUUUCACCCUGCACCAGCAGGGAUGCAAGGUAUAAACAUGUUUUAGCAGCUUGUGGACAAAAUAAAUCUACACCUGAAGAAAUAUGUUAUGAUUGGAUGCUUUAUCCCAAUGUUUAAAGCACAACACACUGGAAGCAAAGAAUUACUGCGGUUUCCAAUCAGAUAAACUCUAAACUGUCAAGUCACUCAAAGACCUGAGCUGUCUAUUUUAAUGUGCCCUUGUCGUCUCCGUGUGAGAGCACUUAUCUGUCCAGAGUGUAAUAUUUUGUGCUCACUGCUUUUGUCUUUCACUCUGUAUUUUUUUAAAAUAUUUUUAUAUAUGCCAUAAAAGAGGCAAAAGAGGUUAUCACUGUUUUAAUGAUGUUAAAAUUACUGCGUUGUUUUUUGUUUGUUUUUUUAGUGUCGACUUUUUAGACCAGAUGCCAUUUUUCUCCUGCAGUUUGAAGAUAAUAUACAAAUAUAUUUAAUCACAUUUUUAUUGUUUUUAAAUAACAACAAUUCUUCUUUACUUUUACUUUUUUCUUUCAAAUAUAUAAAACCCUGUAAUUUUUGUGUAACUAAACAGUGGUAAACAUGUUUAUAUUUUAAAUAUAAGUGUGUUAGUGAUG